CAAGGGGACGAAACUCGCAGCUCCGGAUUGGCGAACUCUGGCCCGCUCCCCUCCUCGCCAGGCCGUUCCUCGAGUUCCGAGCCUCCGUUACCUAAACGCCCGGCACUGCCCACCCUUCUCCGGUCUCCACGACAACCCCCACCAAGUCUCCUCCUCCUCGUGGCCAACGCCUCGCCCUUCGACAGUUUGCUCAUGCCCGAGAUCCAUCGCGGGCCAAUGGGAAACCGUCAUCCCCGCGAUGCUUCCUGGGAAAUGUAGUCCGCAGUCUGGCGACCACAAACAAGGCCGAGCGGCGCGAAACCGAUUGCACUGGCGACGGCCAAUGGGAAGCCGCCCUUGCCGCAAUGCUUCCUGGGAAAUGUAGUAACCCAAAGUCUACCACCCGGCAGUGAGGCCCAGUGGCGCUGAGAGCCGUUUGCGCUAGCUAGGACCAAUAGGCUGGUGGCAGCGCUUUCUUCUUGGGAAGUGUGGUUUUUGUAUUUGGCGGAACCAUUUGGGGGCGGGCGCAUAUCGGAGACCGUCCGCACCCCGAUGUUUCCAAAGAAACGGAGUCCCUCGUCUGGCAACAGGUUAUGACCCCGAGCAUCGGUGGGAGACCACGCCCUUUGUGCCGGCGCAGACCAAUGGGAAGCCGUCCGGGCCGCGAUGCUUCCUGGGAAAUAUAGUUCUAGGUGCCACUGACUGACACACCAGCCCCCAUGGAGAUCCCAUCCCCCCAACAGGUCCUGGCGCCCCAGCAUGUGAAGCAGGAGGACCCAGCCACCACUGAGGGCCUGGCCCUGGACUCCCCAUGGCGCCGCUUCCGCCACUUCCACUUGGGUGAUGCACCUGGUCCCCGGGAGGCACUGGGCCUGCUUCGUGCCUUGUGCCGUGACUGGUUGCGCCCGGAGGUACACACCAAGGAGCAGAUGCUGGAGCUGCUGGUGCUGGAGCAAUUCCUGAGCGCCCUGCCCAUUGCGGUCCAGGCCUGGGUGCGCAGCCAGCGGCCCCGGAGCGGAGAGGAGGCCGUGGCCCUGCUAGAGGAGCUGUGGGAGACACAGCACCAGGGCCUGAGGUGCCGGGGACAGGGGAUGCCCAGGCCACCCAGCCAUGCAAGCAGGAGCCCGUCAGCUCUCCGUUGGUCCCGCUGGCGCCCGGCUACCUGGCGGCCCCAGGCUCCUCGUCCUGCCCUGAGUGUGGCAAGACGGGCACAAAGCCCGCGCAUCUGCAGCGCCACCGGCAGAGCCAUUCUGCUGAGAAGCCACAUGCGUGUCCUGAGUGUGGCAAGGCCUUUCGUCGCAAGGAGCAUCUCCGGCGCCACCGUGGCACGCACCCUGGUGGCCCAGGCCCGGCGCUGCGUCCACUGCCCGCACGUGAGCGCCCGCAUGCCUGCUGUGAGUGCGGCAAGACCUUCUAUUGGCGCGAGCACCUGGUGCGCCACCGCAAGACACACUCGGGUGCACGGCCUUUCGCCUGCUGGCAGUGUGGCAAGGGCUUUGGGCGCCGCGAGCAUGUGCUGCGCCACCAGCGGAUCCAUGGGCGGGCGGUCAACACCUCAACGGGUGCCUCCGGCCCUGACACCGGGGGACCUUUCCCUGCCUGGCCCCUGGGCUAGUGGGCCACCACACCAGUCUCGUUCCAGUGCUGCCCGCGGGCCAUUGUCCAUGGCUGUAGUUUCCUCCAGGUCUUUCUCUCCCUGUUUUCUCCCCCAGCUUCUCUCCCGUCUGAACCUCUUGAUGCUCUGUUCUCUGUUCUUCGCCAUAGCUCUCCCAUUUCCUCCCUUCCCGAUUCCUGCCUCUUUCUCUCCAUAGCCCAGCCUCCCUUUCCCUUAUUCUCCCCUCUCUCCCUUAUGCUGAUCCACCCGAUGAUGUUGGAGCAGAUGAAGCCCCGGAGACCCUCAGGGGCCAGGUAUGCCAGAGGCCUCGAAGAGGAGCUCAAUAAGGAGCCAUGGGCUGGGCACCCUUGACCAAAAGGAGGCCAAAGAGAAGGGUUAGCUCUUGUUGCUUGGAGCCCCCUCUCUCCAGGACAGAGUUGGAGAUAGAAGAGGGUAGGGGGUGAUGACCUGACCAGAUGCAUGCGGAGCUUGCCUGGGGGGGAACCCUCUGUCUCCCCUUUGCAACCCAACAAGGCAUGGGGUGGACACACAUGCCUGCUGGGGAAGCGAGUUGGAGAUCAUUGUCACCAGCAUCAGCAGAGUAAUAAAGCCACUGACCCAGUU